UAUGGAUCGAACAUCAGACUCGCUUAACGAAACAAAUAUCACUUCCAGCGACAUCUUUCCAACAUUCAGCGGAUACUAUUUACCUGAGAGGUGAAGAUGGACGAAAGGGAUUGGGUUGCUGAAAGCUUAUACAAGAGUUGGAGCUUGCAUCCUAUCACUACACCCGCUUACCCCGCUAAUCCACAAGCUCGUGUCUUUGUACCCGAACCCGAACCUACAGAAAAAUCGCCUAUAUACAAUGAACCGGUAGCUCUAGGGCUUAUGGUUUCUGGAUUUUUCUUGGUUGUUGCAUCUGCUAUUGGAUUAGCUAUCUAUCGGCAUAGAAAGAGAAGUUAUGAGCAAUUUUUAGAAGACGGAACAUCGAAGAGAGGAAGCAUUGGCAACAGGUCACUAGAUCCAUCUCUCUAUGGAUGUGUCACUCAGAAUAGAUCAAUAGACUUCGUUGUUCCAAAUAUCACAACAGCUGUAACAUCUUUACCCAGUCCAGUGGAUACUGUAUCAUUAUCAUCCGGAUCUUCACCAGAUGUAUCUUUAUGGGCACGAUUGGCUCUGUUGGAAGGAGGAGGACUCCCAGGUACUUCUUUACUCGGUGGUCUUAAUCCCGAAUUGUAUAAAGUUGGACUGGAGGAACCGGAAGAAGAAAUAUAUUUUCCGGAUGGUAACAAGGGACGUAUAUGGUUCGGUGUGGAGUAUGAUGCUUCCUCAGAACGUCUAGUAGUUCAUUUGAUUAAAGUGAAAAAUCUUCCUUCUAGAGUAUGCGGUUCUAUAAAUUGUUGUGAUCCUUUUGUCAGAAUAUCACUGAUGCCGGACGAGAGAAGAUAUCUUCAAUCGAAACAAAAGAAGAAAACAUGUAAUCCACGAUUCGAAGAAACAUUUAUUUUUCAGAUACCCGUUCGCACAUUAAACGAAAGAGCAAUCAAGUUGACCGUAUACGAUAACGAUCGUGGUAAAAGAUAUAAUGUCAUCGGCCACGUCAUAUAUCCUUUACGUGAAUUAAAUGGAACUACAACUACAGAAACACUAUUAAACUGGAGAGAUUUAGAAAAGGAAGAAGUGGAGGUAAAUUUGUUCCGAUCGAUUAUAUUUUUAUGCAGUCCAAAAGAUAAAUGUUUUUCUGCCUUAUUUUUAAAAUUAUUUUAUCAUAAUCCCUAAAACUCGUGUACUAAUUUACGUAAUCUAGAUUAAAUUCGAUCCCUGGUGUGAUUUAUUGGUAAUACAGUUAUGCUUUGUUUAAUUUAAAUUGAAUUACAUGGAUUAGAUUGAUGGGAUAAGGCAAUGCAACCAUGAGCAAUCUGCAAAGGAUGAGUGUCUCCAGGGAAGACUUUCUACGUGGAGGGAACUGGCACCUAAUUUAGGUGUUUAGAUAC